AUGAGUAAGAACGAGGAAUCGUCGCAGUCCCUUGGUGAUCAAGAUUAUGAUGAACUAGACGACCUUCUAGAUGAAGAUCCAAGCAAAUUGGAGGAAACACAAGAGGGUGAACAGUCCCAUGAGAUCAACGAAAAGAACAGCGGUGGAGAUGAGGUAGCAUCUGGGGAAGAAGGCAAGGAUAAUCAGAAUGAAGAUCCAGAAGUUAAACAAAUGAUUGCUGACCUGGAAGAGGAAUUUGGCAAAUUGAUGAACCAGGAUGGCCUGAACAAGGGUGAUCGUGGUGCCGACGGUAAGCAACAAGAGAACUUUAAGCAAAUACUGGAAAUGUUGGAUGAAGCAUCUAAAGAUACUCAGAAGGGUCCUGAAUCUAGUCCAAACGCCUCUGCUAGAGAGUCCGGAGGUCCUACCGGAUUUAAGAACGUAGUUUCCAAGACUUUAGAGAGACUGAAGGAAAAUGGAUCCAAAGUAGACCAUAAUAUCGCACAAGAACAAGAUCAGCAAGAUGUAUUCACACAGCUGCUCAACGAAUUAACCAACGGUGAAGGUGCACCUGGCAGCAGCACAGGUGAAGAAGGCGUCGACGAUGCCAUCCUAGCGAUUCUGAACCAAAUGUCUUCGAAACAAGUACUAUAUGAACCUAUGAGAGAGAUGCAUACAGAAUUUGCCAAAUGGCUGGAUGCUAACGGAAGCAAGACGAAUGAAGAGGAUUUACAAAAGUAUCAUAGACAGUUCGAGCUUGUUGGACGGGUUGUUCAAGUAUUCGAAAGACCGACGUAUACAGACGACCAUGACAGGCAAGAAGUUACCCAACUAUUAGAUCAAUUAGAGCAGUUGGGUGAUACCCCAGUAAGUAAGGCCCAGAACAAUCAGGAUCAAGAUGAAUUUGGUGCAUUGGAUCAAGAAAUGGCACAAAACUGCAAGCAGCAAUAG